ACAAACCAAGCAGGUCCCUUUCGAACUAGAUUUAAAAGCCCUCUGUUAGGUUUACGUUUGAAUUAUUCAUAGCAACCUUAGUAUAUUGACAAUUUGAAAUGCCGGAAUCACCAUUCGGAGCUGAUGUGGGCAAACAACCCGGUCUGGAAAUCUGGAGAAUCGAGAAUUUCGCUCCGGUUGCAUACGAUAAGAAAUCGUAUGGCAAGUUCUACAGUGGAGAUUCUUAUAUUGUCCUGAAUACCAGGCUGUCUGGUGACAAGUUGAAAUGGGACAUUCACUUCUGGCUGGGAAAAGAUACUUCACAGGAUGAAAUGGGAGCAGCAGCAAUUUUUGCUGUCGAGUUGGACGACUAUCUCGGCGGAGUUCCUGUUCAACAUCGAGAAGUUCAAGAAUAUGAGUCAUCAAUGUUCCUGGCAAAUUUCCCUAGCGGUGUGCGAUACCUUGAUGGCGGAGUUGCCAGUGGUUUCAAGCAUGUUGAUCCCGACCAAGUGGAGAAGAAACUUUUGCAAGUCAAGGGCAAGCGAAACGUUCGCGUCAGACAGGUCCCACUUGACGUUUCUUCAAUGAACAAAGGCGACUGCUUCGUUUUGGAUGCUGGAAAAGUCAUCUAUGUAUAUAUGGGCAACAGCAGCAAGAAGGUGGAACGUUUGAAGGCGAUUCAGGCGGCCAAUCAAGUCCGUGAUCAAGACCAUGCUGGCAAAGCCAGGAUCAUUAUUCUCGACGAGUUCAGCAAUGGCGGUGAUGUUACGACAUUUUUCAAUGAGCUGGGAAGUGGAUCACCAGGGGAAGUUCCAGAAGCAUCUCCCGAAGAUGACGACGUUUCAUUCGAAAAACAACAACAGUCGUCAGUGAUAUUGUUCCGCGUGAGCGAUGCUAGCGGACAAUUGGUGAUUGAAGAAGUUGGUCAAAAACCUCUACAGCAAUCCAUGUUGAAAAGAGAGAACGAUGAAAGUGAGAAUUCGGAUUGUUUCAUUUUGGACACUGCGGGAUCGGGGCUUUUUGUCUGGAUUGGUCGCGGAUGUACUAAGGCUGAGAAACUUGAAGCGAUGAAUGUGGCCCAGAAGUUCUUAACUGAGAAAGGCUAUCCGCUCUGGACCAAGGUUAAUCGAGUUGUGGAUGGAGGUGAACCAACUAUUUUCAAACAAUACUUUGCUAGUUGGAAAGAAGAAACUGGAGGUAAAGAACAUGUGCCUGUUCCAAUGAAGAAUGGCCGCAUUGCUGAAUUCAACGUCAGCUCACUGCACAAAGACAAGCUUCGUCUGUUACUUAAACAGGGUGGUGCUGCACCAGGAUUUUCACCGGAUGACGGAAACGGAGAAAAAGAAAUUUACCGCGUCGAGAAUUUCGAAUUGGCGCCAGUCGACCCAGCAGCUUAUGGCAUGUUCUUUGGAGGAGAUUCAUAUGUUAUCAAGUACACAUACAACAUCAGCGGACGCAAUCGUUACAUCAUUUACUUCUGGCAGGGUAAUGACAGCAGCCAAGACGAGAAGGCCGCUUCUGCCAUUCAUGCUAUGAGACUAGAUAAUGAAGUUGCCGGCAAAGCUGUGCAAGUCCGCCUCACACAAGGUAAUGAGCCCCGCCAUUUCAUUAAGAUGUUCAAAGGAAGGAUGAUCAUUUUCACCGGUGGCCACGCCAGCGGAUUUCGCAAUAUUCACGAUUACGAUAGCUACGAUGUGGAUGGAACACGUCUCUUCCACGUACGGGGUUAUGCUGCUGAAGACAUGAGAGCUGUUCAAGUAGCUGAAACCGCUUCGUCUCUUAAUUCAGACGACGUUUUUGUUCUGGAAACUCCAUCAAAAACUUACCUAUGGAAUGGCGUGGCAUCUUCUGAUGAUGAAAAGACCCUCGGAGUUGAGAUUGCCAAUCUGGUUUCUCCUGGUCGUGAAAUGGUGCCGAUAAAUGAAGGCGAAGAGCCGCAAGAGUUUUGGGAUGCUUUGGGUGGUAAAGGACCGUACACCACUGUUCAACCAGAUCCUCCGCCAGUGCUUAAGGCUCGCUUGUUCCACUGCAUCUUGAACAUUUUUGGCCGCCUGAGAGUGGAAGAAAUGAAACCUUUUAAACAAGAAGAUUUGGUGGAUGACGAUGUGAUGGUAUUGGAUUCUGGCCAUGAAAUUUAUGUUUGGAUCGGACUGCAUAGUACAGAUAAAGAACGUGAAGCUGGAUUCAAAAUGGCCCAGGAAUAUCUGGUAACUGAGCCUUCUCAGCGUAGUGUUGACUCAACACUCAUCUUCAUGAUUCAUCAAAGACAAGAGCCUGAGAGCUUCACUGAUGUCUUCCCCACCUGGAAUAGAAACAUGUGGAAGGAGCAGAAAACAUACGAACAAAUUAAAGCAGAAAUCAUGGCAUCCAACGGAGUUGAAGACGACGAGUAGUUAGAGACCACAUGACAUGACCCCGUGCAAUUUAUUAACUCAGCUUUUUCGUCUGCUUUAACACAAAAUGACUAACAAAUUUGAAUACGGGGUUUUUUGACCGCGCACAUUAUUUCUCCCUUAAAUCUUCUACACUGUGAUACUUUUCUUGUCUUUGUUUCUUCCAUUAUAAAACCUUGAUGUGCUACUAGAAUUUCUUGAAAUAACACAAAUAGGUGCUCUUAUCUGUUGCUUGACCUUCGAUUCUUUUGAAAAAGAAAAAUGAAUCCCAUAUGGAAGGUAUCACAAGGUAAUAAAAUACCACUAUUCCUGUC